CUUGUGGACAUCACACCCACUUGCAAGUGGGAAAUAAAUGACACUACUGAUUCCGAUCUUGUCUCGGACUGAAAUUAUUGCAGUGAGUGAGCUUUGUUUCUCACAAUUGGUGUCCAACGUGGGGCUGUCCGGGAUGUUCUUCCAUCGCCGGGGGGAGUGGCUGGCCCUGGACACUGGGAAGACGCGUCCCGUUCCCAAGUGAGGAGCGGUCUCGUGUCCCGGUUUGGUCUGUUCCCUUGGGCAACUGGUACGAAUCCCACAAGAGAGACAUCUGAAUCAGACAGUGACAUGCAAUCGAUAGAAAAUACGGCAAAAAGGGGCCAGGCAACUCUGUGCACAGACCAAGGAUGGGAAUGAUGAAGCUGUCAGCUCUCAUCUGCGUCUUUCUGAUGUUCAUGGUUGGAAACGCAGACGAGAAUCUAUCUAAGAGAUGUCGACCGACACAGUCCAGUGUCUAUGAUUACCGUGGCCAUGCAGUGAAUGCCGUUGAUGGGAACCCUGACCCCAACUACUCAAAAUCAUCCUGCACGGCUACUCAGAACGAUAUGGAGCCCUGGUGGAGAGCCGACUUACUCAGUUCACAUAAGAUACACUCAAUCAGAAUCACCAACAGAGGGGACUGCUGUCCACAACGUCUCAAUGGGGCAGAGAUUCGGAUUGGAGACUCUCUGGAUAAUAAUGGCAACAGCAAUCCCAAAUGUGCGACCAUCAGCUCCAUUGGAGCUGGUCACUCCGAAACCUUCCACUGCAAUGGCAUGCCUGGCCGUUACGUCAAUAUCUUCAUCCCAAGAAGAAGAGAGUAUCUGACUCUCUGUGAGGUGGAGAUUUUUGGGAACUGGGAACGUUGGGUUGACUGUUAGAGGAGGAGGUCCCUAAUUGGGUUAUAGACAGCAGAGAUGAAACCAUCAGAAUAAUGCACUGGAGCAUCUGAGUUCAACCUCUUCCAGAAACUGUGAGCUACAGGAGUCAGUCUUGACAAGAUUUACACCAGCUCUGACUUCCUGUAUUGCCAUGAAAUAAAACAAAUCAAUUCAACAACA